AUGUAUUGUGCUGGUGAUGGAAAAACUUGUCAGCAUCAAUGUGGUGGUAUUGAGGAAUGCGUAUCUGGAUGUUCGAAUUUUCAUUUGCCUAAUAAUCUAAGAAAUGGAAAUGAUAUAUAUCGUUGUUCUGUUCGAGUUCAUUCUUAUUUACAGUUAUCAUAUCUCAACUCUGAUUACCAACUUCGUAAUAAAAUCGAAGGAACACACUAUCCCUCUAAUAUGAUAAAUACUAGUAUUCUACAAAUUACAAGGAUUAAUUUGACAUGUCAAGUUCGAGACCAAAUCAUUAUUAACUAUUGUGCAGAUCAUCAUACAACAAAAACUAUAAAAGGAAAAUUACUGUAUUCAUUAAAUGGUACUAAUGAGAAAGAUUUAAAUGAAGCAUUAUCAAAUAGUAGAAAAAUUUGUGAUAAUAAGAAGUUAGAGAGAUUUAUUAUUCGUGAAGAUAGGAGAUUAAAAGAUUACACAGGUCCAUGGACAGUUCUUCAUUAUCUAGUCGAGGAAAUUUUAAAAUCUAAAGAUUAUGUUUUAUACUAUCAACAACUCGACUUAUCUAAGCCAGAGAAUUCUGCUGAACAUUACUAUUAA